AUGAAUAACGAACAAUUCCGUCGUCUUCUUCUCGCUAAUUCCCAGAAAAAUAACAACCAAAAUGGCAGUACAUCACCACCCUCCUCGAACACCUCCAAAUCUCCGGUAGCGCCAGCGCCAGCAGGCAACAGCACCCCGCGCACGCUCGCUCUAGGCUCCAAAGCCCGCUCUUCGAUCCCCAUGACCCCUCGCUCCGUCGCCGGCUUCAAUCCCCGCAACGAAUUCGCCCGCCAACUCGCCGAGCGUAAUCAGACCCUCUCCUCUUCUCCAUCAUCAUCACAACAACAACAUCCCAACAAGAAGAUUCGAACCUCUGCACCCAAAGGUAGCAGGCUCGCCGAAGGAUACGUCGAUCGCGCCAAGCAGAGACAAGCGCAAGAAGAGGCGGACGAGCGGGAGCGCAAGCUGAAGGAGCUGGAAGAGCGGUACAAGAAGGAGGAGAUCGACAAGGAGGAGUAUGAGCGCUUGCGAGUGGAGAUCAUUGGCGGGGGAGGUGGCCUGGAGACAGCGCAUCUGGUGAAGGGGUUGGAUUUCAAGCUUUUGGAGAGGGUGAGGAAGGGGGAAGUGGAUGUUUUUGGUGAGAAGAAGGAUGCGUCGGAGUCGGAGUCGCCUGAGGUGGAAGAGAAUCAAAAAGAGACCGAAGAGAAUGAGCAACGAGCGGAUGGCGAGGAGGACGGCGACGCGGAUGAUGUGCUCGAACAACUCGAAUCGGCCGCAGUUAAAGCCAAGGAAAAAGAAAAAGUGCAAAAGAAGGGCGAGUUUGCAACCACGACAUUACUGGCGGGUGCAAAGAAGACAAGAAAUCAAAUAUUGGCCGAAUUGAAAGCCGCGCGCGCUGCCGCCAAGGCCAAGCAGGAGUCGAGUCUGGGGUCCAGGUUCAAGAAGAUCGGACCCAAGAAGCAGGCGGAAACGAGGAUAGAGCGUAACGACAGAGGAAACGAGAUCAUGAUCAUCGUCGAUGAAGACGGCAACGAGCGACGCAAAGUUCGAAGACUCGACCCAAAUAAGACGCAGGAAGAGUACGAGAAGGAGCGAGAAGCGCUCGCGCAGGGUAAGGUUCUCGGUAUGGAUGUGCCCGAGUACUACAAGAAGCUGGAAGAGGAGAAAAAAGCGGCCGAGGCGGCAGAGGAGGAUAAAGAGCCGAAUAUUUUUGACGAUGUCGAGUCUGAUUACGAUCCGCUAGCUGGGUUGGAAAGUGGUUCUGAUGACGAGUCAGAUAAGGAGGACGGAGAGGUGGAGGACACCCAGAAGAAAGAGAAGAAGAGUUUGUCAGAUAUGCCUCCACCACCGAAACCAGAACCAGCAGCCGCCGGACCGAGGAAUUACUUCAAAGAUUCCAAGACCGGGCUCACUUCGCAAGAAGAGUACAAGAAGCCCUCGCUUGACGACCCCUCCUUCCGCGCCGCGCUGGCCAAAGCAAAGGCCAUCAGCGCCGCCGAGAAAUCCGAAGAGGAGAGACUGGCAGCCGAGCGGGAAGCACGACUACGGAAGAAGCUGCUGGAGAGCAGCAGAGACGACGAAGAUCUGGAUAUGGGUUUCGGGUCGAGUCGUAUGGAGGACGAUGCCGAUUUGGACGAAUCAUCAAAAGUCAAGUUGUCUGAGUGGGGUGAGGAUGAAGACGAUGAUGGAUAUGAAGGAGGUGGAAAGGCGGGCCUUGGGAGUAGUAAGGGGAAACGCAAGCGGGGCGGUGGAAAGAAGGGCGGUGAUAAGAACAACUUUGCGGAUGUGAUGAAGGUCAUUGAGAAGAAUAAGGCGAAGGAGUAAGACAUCGCCGAUGAGUAGGGAUCGAAGGAAGAUAUGAUAAUAUACCCAGUGAUAUACCGUAGUUCUAUAAUCUAUGUCUACAAAC